GAGUGACGACAGUCACGGACAAGGAUGUCGAUAGAGUCUCGGGUGGUGGGGCUCGGCAAGGGGGUGCCUCGUGAUCCCUAUGCCUUUCAGGAGUCGAAUGAGGAUGCGGUGCUGAUUGCGGUCACGCUGCUGCGGAGACCAAAGGGCGAGACGAGCGAAGAGGCCGAGGCACUGGCGAUGGCCAAGGCGAUGGGCAAGGCGGCCAAGGACAAGGGCGAGAAGCUGCCACCGAUGGAAGCCAUCGAGGACGUCGAUGGCUCGUUUAUCGUGACAAGCGGCGGCACAAUGCUGGACGUGGCCAGGGCGUGGGGCGUGCAGCGGGUGUUUGUGACGGUGACCGGCAACGCGGCGGCAUUGGCAAGAGCGCGUUUGGAUCUCGAAUCUGGCGCAGGCGCGGGCGAUGAUGCUGGCGACAACGAGCUGGCGGCAGUCAUGAUCCACUUUCGCGACGUGCGGACCGGGGUCGAGGUCAAGGACCGCAAGUACCGGUUCAAAAAGUACCGCCAGUGCUUUGUUGGAUCCGAGGCGGUCGACUUUCUUGUCGACAACGGGUACGUAGCGUCGCGGUUCGAGGCUGUCGAGCUGGGCGAGAAGAUGCGGGCGGCCGGCCUGUUUUCGCACGUGGUCGACGACCACGGGUUCAAGGACGACAAGCUGUUCUACGCCUUUGACCCCGACUUUGUCAUUCAGACAACAUCAUACUCGAUCUUAGACACGCAGUCGGCGGCGGCGGCUUCGGCAGCCAAGCUCUCGCUCGCCAAGUACGACUCGCUUGUCGGGACCGCCGAAUGGGACGAGCUCGCCGAGGCUGCGACCCAGCAGUUGCUCGACAUCGGGGUCGAGCUGCGGCGGCUGGAGCUGGCCGGCGAGUCGGCGCCGCAGGAGCGGCUGGCGGUGACCUCGACGCUGGACAAGGUCAAGGCCGUUGUCAGCAAGCUCGAGGGUGCCGUCUCCGGAAAGGGCAUCAAGGACGCCGAGGCCAGGCGCCGGACAGCGGCGCUGGCUCGGCUGACCUCGCGCCUGUUCGAGGCCAAGCGCCAGUUCUCUGAGCUGCGCCAGGCGCACCGCCCACCCGAGACGAGCUCGUCGUACGACUGGAGCGCAGGCUCGUCGUCGGGCGUGCUCCAAGCCCACGAGUACGACGAGACCGAGACCGAGGAGCUGCUCAUGCUCCAGCGCCAGAUCAUCGCAGCACAGGAUGCAGGACUAGAGGAGCUGUCCAAGACGCUGGAGCGGCAGAUCAAGAUCGGGCGCCUCAUUGGCGAGGAGCUCGACCGACAGAACGAGCUACUCGACACGCUCGUCACCCACGUCGACGCCACCCAGGACCGGCUCACCGACGCCCAGAUCGAUAUGGACAACCUGCUGUAGGCCGCGGUCGGCGAGGCGGCGGAGAGUAAAACGCGCGCAAAC